UUCGGCUCCGGGAGGCGGCGGCGGCGGGAGCGGCCAUGGAGGCGGGCGCCGGGGCCGGCGCGGGAGCCGCCGGCUGGAGCUGCGCAGGCCCAGGACCCACAGUAACCACUGUAGGCUCCUAUGAGGUGUCUGAGGGUUGUGAGAGGAAGAAAGGCCAACGCUGGGGUUCCCUAGAACGGCGUGGGAUGCAAGCUAUGGAGGGGGAGGUGUUACUCCCAGCUCUCUAUGAGGAGGAAGAGGAGGAAGAGGAAGAAGAAGAAGAAGAAGAGGUAGAAGAAGAAGAAGAAGAAGAAGAAGAAGAAGAAGAAGAAGAAGAACAAGUGCAGAAAAGUGGCAGUGUGAGCUCCUUGUCUGUUGGCAAGCACCGGGGCCUGAGCCUCACGGAGACGGAGCUGGAGGAGCUCAGGGCUCAGGUGCUCCAGCUGGUGGCAGAGCUGGAGGAGACCCGUGAACUGGCUGGGCAGCAUGAAGAUGACUCCCUGGAACUGCAGGGGCUCUUGGAAGAUGAACGGCUGGCCAGUGCCCAGCAGGCAGAGGUGUUCACCAAGCAGAUCCAGGGACUCCAAGGUGAGCUGCAGCAUCUACGGGAGGAAAUAUCCCUGUUGGAACAUGAGAAAGAAAAUGAACUUAAGGAAAUAGAACGAGAGUUACAUUUGGCCCAGGCUGAGAUCCAGAAUCUGCGGCAAGCCUCGGCAGAUUCUGCAGCUGAACAUGAGAGCGACAUAGCAUCCCUGCAGGAAGAUCUCUACCGAAUGCAGAAUGAACUUGAUGACAUGGAACGCAUUCGGGGGGAAUAUGAAAUGGAGAUUGCCUCACUCCGAGCAGAAAUGGAAAUGAAGAGCUCUGACCCAUCAAAUAGUAUAAGUCUCUCGGACUUCUCUGGGUUGCAAGAAGAAUUGCAGCAACUGCAGGAACGCUACCACUUUCUGAAUGAGGAGUAUCAGGCCCUGCAGCAGAGCAACAGCAGCCUCACGGGGCAGCUGGUGGAGCUGGAGAGUGAGAGGACACGAAGAGCAACAGAGAGGUGGCUGGAGUCCCAAACACUAAAGACUAUGGUAUCAUCAGAGUCUCAGACUUCAGAAAUGGAUUUCCUCGAGCCUGAUCCUGAAGUGCAGUUGUUGCGCCAGCAACUGCUGGGAGCUGAAGAGCAGAUGUAUGACAUGCAGAACAAGUGUAAGGAAUUGUGUUGUGAGUUGCAAGAACUACAGCAUCAUCGGCGGGUCAGUGAGGAGGAGCAGAAGCGACUUCAGAAGGAGCUCAAGUGUGCCCAGAAUGAAGUGCUUCAGUUUCAGACGUCCCACAGCGUUGUCCAGAAUGAGGAGCUGAAGACCAGGCUCUGUGCCCUGCAACAAAAGUAUGAUGCUAAAAAAAAAAUAAAAAAAAAAAAGUAUGAUGCUAGCCAGGAUGAGCAGAGUGAGCUCUUGAAGGUGCAGGUGCAACUUCAGACUGAGCUCCAACAGCUUAAAAUCAUGAAAUCCACAAUCACAGAGAGCCAAAGUGAAAAGGAGUUACUAUGCCGGCUCCAGAAGCUGCAGAUCCAGCACCAGAACAUCAUGGGUGAGAAGGAGAAGCUGCUAGAGGUGCAGCAUCAGCUGCAGGAUAAGCUGCAGUGCCAUGAGGCAGAGCUGCAGUGCCUCCGGGACAUGGUGGCCUCCUUGCAGGAGUCUGGUGAGAAGAAUGCAAAGGUGCACACCCAGCUCCGAGAGAUGAAGCGGCUAUACGAGGCCAGCAAGGAUGAGCUGGAGCGCCAGAAGCACAUGUAUGACCAGCUCGGGCAGGACCUUCUGCUGCACCAGUUGGAGCUCAAACAGCUCAAGACCACCCAGCCCUCUCCUGAACAGAAGGGAUCAUGUGCCAAUAAGUGUGAUGCACUACUAUCCAAGCUGACAGAACUGCAGGACAAGUUCAAGGCCAGCCAGAAAGAGAUGGGGCAGUUGCAGAUGGAGCAGUGCGAGCUCCUGGAGGAUCAGAGGAGGCUGCAGGAGGAGCAGGGCCAGCUACAGGAGGAGCUGCACCGGCUCACAUUCCCACUGCCCAAAUGUGGCCUCUUCUAUAAGAGUCAGGAGCUGCUUACAAAGUUACAAGACCUGUGGGACCUACAAAUGCUCUACCAACACAUGCAGGAGGAACAAAGAAAACUGAUACAUAACCAAGAAUGUCUAUUAAAGGAACAGGUAGAAGCACACAAAGAGCUGCAAGUUUUCAAAAACUCUCGUUUCCAGGAAGUAUUGGCGAAUCCUGAGGAUGCCAUACAACCUAAGUCCACAAAUAGUGAGAAAAAGUCCAAGCUGCUUCUGGACCAGCUGCAGGCUCUGCAGGAGCUGUAUGUCACCAGCCAGAAGGAACAAGAGCUGCUGCAACAGGAGCAUGGGCGGCUCCUCGAGGAGCGGAGGAGGCUACAGGCCGACUUGCAGCUCUGUCUAGAAGAAAUGCAGCUGCUCCAAAUGCAGUCCCCCUGUAUCAGAAUGAGUCUUGAGUCCUACAAGGAGAACUCUGCCACCAGUGAGAACUUCCACAGAAGUUAUGGCAGCACCAUUGACAACAACGAGAGCUAUCAAAAGAGUUACGCUAGCACCCAGGUCAGCAAUGAGGGCUUUCUCCAGAGCUAUGACAGCACCACUUCUGGUGAGACCUAUCAGAAGAGUUACUGCUCCAGCAGCAGCAGCAUCACCUAUAAGAAGAGCUAUGGCAGCACGAGUACCUCUGACAGCUGUCCUAAGAGUUACGUCAGCAGCAGUGCAGAUGAGGAUCCAGCUGAGCCUAAAGACUUAGAGCACUUUGAGGAAAUGGUGGCCAAGGUGCUGGCUAAGCUGCAGGGAGUGCAGGCCCUGUACCAGGUGAGCCAGGAGGAGCACUACCAGCUGCAAGAGAAGAUGAACAAACUUCUGGACAGGCAGAGAGAGCUGAGGGAAGAGAUCGAUGCCUGCGAAAAGGAAUUCAAGGAGUGCAUGGAAAGCCUUGAAAAAUCUGCAGCCCCCCACAACGACAAGAAUGAGAUCAAGGAACUUCAAACCAAGCUGCGGGAGCUACAGCUUCAGUACCAGGCAAGCAUGGAUGAACAGGGGCGGCUCCUGGCAGUGCAGGAGCAGCUGGAAGGACAGCUGCAGUGCUGCCAGGAAGAGCUCCACCAGCUCAAAGAGAAGAGGCCCUCUUUUGGCAAAGAGGCCAGGGGAAAGAACUGCAAUAAGAACACAAACAAGAACGCCAAUGGGACCAAAAAGAAAUGGGUGACCAAGCCAUGCUUGGACAGUUCUAAGGGUGGCUUAGAGACCAAAAAGAGUCUGGAGGUGGUGCUAUACUACAAGGCAAGCCAGGAGCAAUUAGACGAGCUAGGAAAAGAGGAACAAAAGAAAGAGGAGAUGGAAGAGACAACAAAGGAAGAAACAAAGGAGGAGUCCUGGGAUGAACUAGUUACUGAACCGGCAGACCCUAAGGUAGUUAAGUCAACACAAGAUCAGGAGAAAGACUAUGGAGAGUACAAUGAACAGGAGGAUAAGGAAGAAGACAAUGAAGAUGAGGAGGAUGAUGCUUCCCCUGAAACUGCAGAGGAAAACCCCCUUAAAAUUUCUAAGAGCAAAAAGAACAUGUCUGGGAUGUGGAAGCCUAUGGUAUUCUUGGCUAUUGCAGCUGUGGCUCUGUAUGUGUUACCCAACAUGCGACUGCAGGAAACAGAGUCCUGGGCCAGCUGAGAGGGCAGAUGCCCGGCAGCUACCACCCUCACUUUUGGGCAGGACACACUGUGCCAGAGCCCCCACCCCACCCAUGUAUCCCAUGUGUCCCCAUCUCCUAAGCCUCAGUCACUCAGGCUGGAAAGGCUUAUAGGAGCUGCUGACUCUUGCUGGCUUCCAUUUUCUGCCUUGUAUAAGAACCUGGGUUCCUCGUAAUUAAAUAUCAACCAAAUUA